AUGCCCCGAAAGCACCGCACGCCAGAGUCUCUGGCUCUCAACCGCGAGAACCAGCGCCGGUCGCGCGCACGCCACCGCGAGCUGCUCGAGGAGCUGCAGGGCCGCGUCCGGGACUACGAGCGCCGCGAUGCGCAAGCCACGCUCGACAUGCAGCGUGUUGCGCGCGAGGUGGCGGCUGAAAACGCCGCACUGAAGGGCCUGCUCGCGGCUAAGGGCGUGCCGCCGGACGAGGUGGAGGCCCAUCUGCAAGCGGCGAGGAUGGCAGUUCAGACGCUGCCUCAACCUCAACCUCAACCUCAACUUCAACCUCAAAUAAUGCCUUUGAUUGCCCGGGAAGACUUGUCGGAUCGGAGAGACAUCCCCCUAGAUCCGCCGCUACGUCAAGUAUACUACGAUCCCCGGCUGGAGAUGUCCCAGCAGCAGCUCUCGCGCACAUCUCCAUUCUCAUCGUCGUCAAUAACGGCCACGCCGUCAAUAUCAGCCUCCAUCCCGGUCUCCAGACCUGUCUCGGCUUCCGCCUCAGUCUCAUCCCGCGCAUCACCCAUCCCUAUUGCACCCAAGCCACUGCAAUGUUUGCAACCACACGCCUCAUCCGUCCCCAUUUCCCCGCUCAGCAACGUCGUUCCUAGUCGACAUCCGCAGCAUAUCAACUCGCGGUCGGAACUCCCACCAGUCAGACCACCAGGCUGCGGUGGUAACGGUCCGUCUCUCAUGGAGCUGGAUCAGCCGGUCGGCGUUUCUCGGUCUCGACCAGAACCAAAACCAGCGGGUUUCCCUCAGCCGGAACCCAACCAGGAGCCUGCGUGUUGUCUCAACCCUCGAACUGGCCAGGUCUCGACAUGCCAACCCCAACCGAAUCCUCACCAACAGGCACAAGUUCCUUUUGCAUCAAAUCCUUCUGCAUCUGACCCAUCAAAUAAGAUGCACUGCGUGGAAGCUGCCACAAUCCUCGCUCGGCUUCGUGGCUACCCCGAUGACAACAUUGCGUUGGCAGCGCUUGGCUGCUCUGACAGUAAGAACUGCAUGGUCCGCAAUACCGACCUGCUUCAGCUGAUGGACGACAUGACAUGA